AUAGUAACAAAAAGCGUCUCCAAAAUGGCCUCGCUGUUGCCGAAAAACGGCGAAAUAUUUUCAUAUUCAGCCACAGCUCCAUCGCCUUCCAAAGAUUAUUGCCAAUUGGUUGUAACUGUUAAUGAGUUUAUAUUCAGAACAUGGAGAAUUUCACUGAGAAACGAUUCGCACAUUCAUCCUAAGGAAGAAAGAGAUACACAUGAAGAUUUUUUAUACGAUGAUAGGAUGCAAAGCGAAAUUCUACGAGUAUUGGGUAAAUCAGUGCUAAAUUAUGCUAAAGCUGUUGCUAGAGGUCAAAUUGACUAUCUGCCAAGAUUACCGGAGAAAAUUCUCUUAAAGAUUUUUAAUUAUCUCGAAUUGGAGGAUAUAGAUAAUUUGACAAAAACAAAUCGGUUUUUUGACUCUAUAUGCAAUUUGGAAGAUACGUGGAAGAAUCUAUUUCAAAGACAUACAGAAGCCAUUAGUCCAGACAUUGAAAGUUUAGCUUCGAAACUCGGUUGGAAGAAAAUUUUCUUUACAAACAAACUUCAACUUCAAUUACUUUUGCGUCGUCAGCGAGACGAUACAUUAAAUCAAGCUGAUGAAAAGCAGGCAAAUAAGAGUACAAAAUUAGAAACAGUAUCUGAAAAUACAGUGGACUUUCAUCCUAGUUACGAACAAUCAACCCUAAUUACAACAAAUAAAAGGGGAUUAUCUCACGACGAAAGUAUCGAAAUAGACAACACAGAGAAUAAUGAAAAGACUGAUAAUUUAACCGAUAGCCAAAUUGAUAUUCGCUCUAUGACAGAAACACCAAAUACGGAUAUUAAUAUUGAUAAUAUACAAAGAGAUAUACUUUCUCCAAGUGGAAUUGUUAUCGAUUAACAAAAUACUUGUUUUAUUUUUUUUUGUUUUAUUAUUAUAAUUUCAACUUGCCUACUUUGAAUUAUUCAUACAAUCAAUAUUUUUUAAGAUGCAAAAGUUUCUAUUUGCUAUUAAAUAGCCCUACUAAAAAAUAACUAUUGCGUAUUGAAUUGUAUAUUUUUUUUUAAUUUACAGAAAGGAUUAAUAUUUUAUUAAAGAAGAACAAAUAUUUAAUUUUUUGUUUCACAAUUUGCAGUAAAAAGAAGUUUGAACAGAAUUUUAAUGGAAUAAAGAAUACUGUUUCUAUAUUUACUUGAACUAUAAAAGAGAGAUAGGAAGGGAAAAGAAAUACGUCCAUUAAAAGCUUAUACUGAUAAAUUUUGUUUUCUUUUAUCCUUUUUACAAUUGUUUAUUUAUAGACAUUUUUAUUGAAAUCAAAAUAAAGAUAAUACUCUUUAUUAAAACAUCUAUGAAUAAUUCACUAUACUAAAAUGCUGAAGUACUAUUAUACUGAAUGUAUCGUUUGUAAAGAACUUAUCAAUUCUUUAACUAAUUAUACAAA